AUGGUCGGAGUCCACGUCGCCAUAAUCACCGACGAAGGCGUCUUCAAACACUGGGCUAUCUUUAUCGAUGAACCUCAUGCAUCUGAAAAAAUCAUGCUUCAGGCCCGAGGCUCCGAUGGUCGAUUCCGCUAUGAACCUGAAUACGGAGAUGCUCGGUGUCUGAGUGGGUUACACGAACUUGUCUUCCUCUUUGAUGUGAAAGACACCGAGACUGGCAGGCUAAAGGCUGUCGCUAGUGAGCUUCCGGUCCGCAGUGAUAUUCAUGGGUGGAAUUGUCAGGAUUGGGUAUUGGAUUUCCUGGAUAGGUUGGAGGAAGAAGGUAUCAUAGAUGGGAAAGAUAGUGGGUAUAAAGAGCGGAAAUUGUAUGUGCAGGGAAAGGUGGAGGGACUUGUGUAG